AUGGGUUCAUUUGCCGGAAAGUGUGAAAUUGUCGAAGAGAAAGAAGACCGUCAAAACUCCAUAGGUUACUCAGCGAGAUCAACAACAACAAUUCCACAUUCUCGAUCAAGCCUUGUAGACGACAAGGAUCUAGAGCGACCGGUACUGAAACUAGGUUACAGAGGUUCACUAGAAGAUGACAUCAACCAGCUUUUCGAGUCUAUAAGCAUUCGAUCUUCCGGAAUGAUUCCAUCUUACCAAGUUGGUGCAAGCAGUAGCAGUAGAAACAACAACAACAACAGCAACAACGGUCCGUUACAGCGAAACGCUUUGAAAAGUCCGGGACCACGAUCACCGAGCAAGAGAAAUGCAGAGCCAGCGACGUUAAAACAGGCUUUGAGAGAUUUAUGCGUCACAAAGGCGUCGGAGACCGCAGCUAGCAGACGGACUGCUAAGACUAGUAGCAGCGGAGGAUCGGUUUACGGUUCAGUUUUGGUCGAACCGAGAAGUGGCGCUAGCAACGAAGAAGGUAAACCGGUUCUUGUGGAGUUACUCGAUGAGGCUCAAAGCAGUUCGACAGAGAGCAUAUCGCAGCAGCUUCGUCUUCUCAAGAUACAUUCCGCGAGCCAAAACUCUCAGGCGUCAAAGCGGUACGGCGAUGAGAUGACGAUACCAAAGAAAAACAAGAACUUGUCUCUUGACGAGGAGGAAUUGGUUAGCGCAAAGAGGAGCUUUGGUUCGUCAUCGCCAGGAUCAGGGAGCAAUAAGACAGUGGUUGGACUGAAGUCUGUUAGGAAAGUGAGGCUGUUGUACGCUAAUACACCAAGUUCCACCAUUGUUAACGGCAAGAGAGUGGCUAAGUUAACAAGAACCAUUCCACGUGGUGGAGGAGGAGCUAAACCGGUGCUAAGGAGCAAAGGUUCCGUGAAGAAGAAGGCAACUAAUGUGUAUGAUGAAGUAGAUGGCUUCUAUGAUCCCAUCGCAAAGGAACUUCUCUGCCAUAGAUGCCAUUUCGCUUUGAAGAACGCUGCAGCUAAAGAAGAGCCAUCGCUUGUAGCAGCGGAUCUUGAGCCGAAUCCGAGCGUUAAGGAAGGCUGUUUAGAUGAAUUGGUUUCUGAUUUCUCCAGCUCAAGCUAUGAGAGCUCUCAUGAGAUCGGUGCUAAUGCAGAGACAAAACUUGAUAAGAUAAGAAGCUCUCUGGAAUUGAUGAACUCAGAGACCUCUCAGGUUUCUCCGUUCGGUAAUAAAAACAUGGAAGAUGUGAAUGAAUACAAAAACAAUGAGAUCACUGAGGAAGAUUCUCUAUCCGGCAAAGAAGUUGAUCAUGAUCACGAUCAUAAAGACUCUGUUUUUAUGUCGGAACAGAGUGUGGAGAUUGGUUCUUUCAGUGAGAAAUCUGUUGUGAUGAAUCCAGAUAGUCCUCCAAACAAACUCAGCUUAGACAGAGAAGCUACUGAAGAUGUCAACGAGAGCUCAGAAAUCGAAAACAAAGGAGAGGGAUGCAUCGGAUACAACAGCUCAAGCACGAGUAUCAGCGAGGAAGAGCAAGAACAGAGCAAUAACAUAAUGACAAGGUCUAGCUUUGGAAACAGACCUCAUAUGUCUAAGGAUGUGAGAUGGGAAGCUAUUCAGCAUAUUAGGGCACAGCACGGGCUCGGCUCGUUGGGUCUUAGGCAUUUCAAUCUUCUGAAGAAGCUCGGUUGCGGAGAUAUAGGAACAGUUUACCUCGCUGAGCUCACCGGAACAAACUGCUUGUUCGCUAUUAAAGUGAUGGAUAACGAGUUCUUGGAGAGAAGGAACAAGAUGUCUAGGGCUCAAACCGAGAAAGACAUUCUCAAAAUGCUUGAUCACCCCUUUCUUCCUACGCUGUACGCUCACUUCACUUCCGAUAACUUGUCGUGUCUGGUCAUGGAAUGUUGUCCUGGAGGCGACUUACAUGUUUUGAGGCAAAAGCAGCCCGGAAGGUGGUUUCCAGAGCCAGCGGCUAGGUUCUAUGUCGCGGAAGUGCUUCUUGCGUUGGAGUAUCUGCAUAUGCUCGGGGUUAUAUACCGAGAUUUGAAGCCAGAGAACAUUUUGGUACGCGAUGAUGGACACAUUAUGGUGACUGAUUUCGAUCUCUCUUUAAGGUGUACCGUGAGCCCAACGCUUCUAAACUCAUCAUCACCGCUCCAUGCGGAUGCGAUAAGACUCUCUUCCGGUAGCCGCAAUGGAUCUAACUGCAUCGAGCCAUCUUGUUUCCGCCCUAAACUCUCCCGCGGAUCUGGGAACAAGAAAAAGGCCAAACAACACCGCAUGAUGAUGAAGAAACUCAAGAAAUCUGACCUAAUCGCAAGGUUUAAGUCGUUGCCUCAGCUUGUGGCGGAACCAACGGAUGCAAGAUCAAACUCAUUUGUCGGAACACACGAGUAUCUCGCGCCGGAGAUCAUUAAAGGUGAAGGGCACGGUGCAGCGGUUGACUGGUGGACUUUUGGGAUCUUUUUGUAUGAGCUGCUUUACGGGAAGACUCCGUUUAAAGGGGCUACGAAUGAAGAGACUAUAGCUAAUGUUGUGCUUCAGAGUUUGAAGUUUCCUGAUAACCCUAAUGUGAGUUUCCAGGCUAAGGAUCUUAUAAGAGGAUUGUUGGUCAAGGAACCUGAAAAUCGGUUAGGGACAGAGAAAGGAGCGGCGGAGAUAAAACGGCACGCGUUCUUCGAAGGGUUAAACUGGGCUUUGAUCCGGUGUGCGAUUCCGCCUGAGCUUCCGGAUUUUUAUGACUACGGAGUUCCGAAUCAUGAAGGGAAAAGCAAUUAUUUGGAUUGCAAGGCAGUUGGAGAACACCUUGAGUUUGAGUUAUUCUAG